AUGUGUUUCCACUUACGGCGUGUCCUCGCACCUGACCAGCGGCCGGACACAGCCGUGAUCAGCCCCCAGGACCCCACGCUUCUGGUUGGCUCCUCUCUGCUGGCCACGUGCUCGGUGCACGGAGACCCGCCCGGGGCCACGGCGGAUGGCCUCUACUGGACCCUGAAUGGACGCCGCCUGCCCCCCGAGCUCUCCCGAGUGCUCAACGCCUCCACCCUGGCCCUGGCUCUGGCCCACCUCAACGGGUCCAGGCAGCAGUCUGGGGACAAUCUGGUGUGCCAUGCCCGGGACGGCAGCAUCCUGGCGGGUUCCUGUCUCUAUGUGGGCUUGCCUCCGGAGAAACCUUUUAACAUCAGUUGCUGGUCCAAGAACAUGAAGGACCUGACCUGCCGCUGGACGCCUGGGACACGUGGGGAGACCUUCCUGCACACCAACUACUCCCUCAAGUACAAGCUGAGGUGCCCGGGGCUCUGGGAGGGCUGUGGGCCCCAGCCCAGCCGUGUGACCCCUAGACUAGCGCUGGCUCUGUUGGAGCCUCUUGUGCGCAUGCCCAGGCACGAAGUGGACCCCCCCCACUGCCCAUGCCCAGGCGCAAAGCUCCCCCCACCCCCUGUGCGCAUGCCCAGACACAAAGCCCUCCGUGCGCAUGCCCGGGCGUGA